AUGCGUCUCACUACCAUCCUUCUGUCGCUGGUUACAGCAUCCCUGGCAGCCCCAACCUUCCUUGACCAUGCCAAUGACUACUCCGAUGACCUGGCGAACUACUUGUCUGAAGUGAGCCGAGAAAUCAAGCGAUUGGAACGCGUUUCAUCGUCGACAACGUGUGAUGCCUCAUCGGUCACUCUGCCCUCCUAUGCGACUUCACCAACGACCGCAGCCACAGCAACAUCGGCCGCAACUGGCUUGCCGUCUCCGACCGGGAAACUCAAGUUCGUUGCGCUUGGCAGGGGCACCCAGAACUACACCUGCGGUGAUGCUAGCGCCACGCCUGUGGCCAUCGGCGCCGUCGCCAGCCUUUACAACGCGAACUGCUAUGCGCAUAAAUUCGAAAACAUUCUUCAAUAUCUUCCUAGCAGUGCCCUCUCCGCCUCCCUGCCCAGCAGUGCCAAUAAACAGUUCUACGGCAUGGAUCUUCUGGGCCACCAUUUUUUCUAUGACUCAACCACUCCCGAAUUCAACCUGAACUUGGGCGCCGGUCAGAAUAACGGUAUCCUCAUGACCUCAAAGCAGGCAUCGCUUGACGCCCCCGAGGGAGCCGCUGAGGGCGAGUAUGGCGCCGUGAGCUGGCUGUAUCUAACUACCAAGUCGGGCACUGUUAACCCCUCUGGGUACUCCUGGAGCUCGGUCUACCGAGUAGACACAGCAGCAGGAGCAGCGCCAUCAACCUGCGCGGAAUAUGCGAAUUCCGCAUUUGAGAUUCAGUAUUCUGCUCUCUACUAUAUCUAUGGUAAAUAA